GUUUCUCUUUUGCGUGUGAACUUUCGAAGAAAUCGAUGAUACGAGAUCCGACGAAUCAGUCGGUUUGCUAUGUGUUUCUUGUACGAUGGUACGAAUAUUCUUUUUGCAUCUGGCGAGUGAUUUUCAUCGGUCUUCGUAUGAAACGAAAAGUAUUAAGCUGUGCCAAACGUUUCUUUCGUUUUAUCAGGAAAUAAUAGAUGCACGGCAUUUUCUGUUAUUUCGUCGAAUUCCGUAUGAUCCAGCUUGUCCUACAGCUACCAUUACCACGAAAGAAUAGUAAGAAAACAGUAAGUAACAAAAGUAGUAAUAGAGCAAAAUGGAUCGUAACAACGUAGCUCAACGAAAUAAUACAAAACGGAAAAUGAGACUUUUGGGCAAUCUAACGGUUAGCUUGGAUAACGAACGAUAAGAUUGCAGAUCUGAUCGUUGAAUUAUGCCGUCUGACGACGCUUUUCGUUAAUUGCGGUUGAAAACAGCGGAAAGAUGAAUUUAAGACGUUUCACCUAAACCUUUAUAACUAGCAAGACGAAUUGAGCGAAGGGCUAUUUCCUAGCGUCGGUCUAUGCGGAUUUUUGAAGAAAUUCAGAGUACCUUACGUACGUUCGCCGUUGCAGCGCAGCGAUGACGCAACUGCAGAAAAAAAGGUGAUUUCUCAGGAGACGAAGCGAACGAGUUUGUUCGUGCGGUAAAACUUGUAAUUAAAUAACGGAGGAAAUGUUUUACAAUGUCGAGAUAAACAACGUGGUUCGCAUUCUCUUUGGUUUUACUUUUAGCUAUGUUUACGACACAACUUACGCCGUUAUUGCUACGAAGCGCGUUAGCUAACGACAAAUAUUUCAGUAGCGACGUUGCUUUCAUCCACCGGUCAACAACGUUCGGAAAAUUAUGAAACUUUAAAGGAGUGUCCAGACGAUCGAUAUUACCGUCAAUAUUUAAGGUUCUCAACGAUAUCGUACGUGGCAGACGCUGCGGAUGAUCGAUAUGCAAGGUGUUUGCUGUCCCAGUUUUGUUUUCCCGGCCAGACGCUGUCUGUACACGUUCUACGGGCCGAGAUAAGAAAAAAAAGUUAUAUAAACGUACGCCAUUGGAAGCAUCGUUAAAGAGUUAUGAGAAAAAAGAAAAGAUAUAAGCAACGAGCGGUGACGAACGUGCAUUACCACGACCCAAGGUAUUAAUAGACGAGAAACGUUUACAGCUGAUACUAGCCAGAAGCUAUCGUGAUUCUCGUACGACUUCAAGUACAAGUUCCUUUCAAGAUGUUCGGCAUUCCUGUCAAUACGAGAUUGGCAGCGGUGAAAGAUCGAAUUUAUUACCCUUUGAAGUUCCUGGUUUAUUACUCGUUGGAGUUGCGGUCGAAGAAGUACAUAUUAUGAUACCUUCCGACUACCACCACAUGCAAAUAUUCCUGAUCUAUUGCUACUUUAUACGGUAAUAAAGGAAGUUCGUUAAGGUAAGGCUGCUUUGCUGGGUCAUUUUAUCUCGUUUCAUUAUCCUUUUUCUCUUUUUUUCCGUUAUGAUCCCAUGACGGAGCUUCCAACGAUUGGUCGAUCAUCCGUUGCGACGAUAACUGACAAAUCAUGAUUUUAGGCUGAUCGAGAUCGAACGUUCCGAACUAUUCUGGUUUCGCGAUGAUGCGGUGUGUAGCGGCACAGCUGUCUUCGCGUGGUGAAUCUUUGAGAGCUUCACUCACGGGAUAGAAAGUAUCAGGUUGCCCCAAAAGUUUCUUUCGUUUUCCAAGGAAAUGAUGGAUGCACACGUUCCUCGCUUUAUAUUAUUUUAUCGAGUUAUGUGUGGUCCAUUUUGAUCAUGCGAUAGAGAUACGUGGAAAUAUCAGAGAUAAUACAACGUACGACACAUAGAGAUAAAGCAAAACGUGUUGUGCAUUUAUUAUUCCCUUAGAAAACGAAAGAAACGUGACUCAAAAACUCUACGAAUCUUGAACGACGUCGUGUCGUUGUUGAAGCAGAUGUGCGAUACGUUUAUCGACGUUUUUCCCUUAUCCUGACCUAUAGGAUAUAUCGACAAGGUUGGAAAAAACAAGGACGCCCUGUAUAUCGCCAGUACAAUAUCGAGAAACUUAAAUAUUGACAAUAAUAUCGAUCGUUCGUACGCUCCUCUAUAAUGGAAAGAUCAGCUAUGUCUGAGACUAGCGAUGCGUUUACUUCGAAGUUUACGAAUUUGCAGAGCUGCCAAGGAUUUAGAGGAACGUCGUAGCCAUUAUGAACCAUCGCUCGGGCCCGGUGUUCCCGAUGACGUCGAUCAUAUCUUCAAUCUCGAGGAAAAUGACUUCGUGCCACAUUUCCAGAGGGUCUCCAUAUCCGGCGAAGAUACUUCCGGGGUACCCUUGGAAGAUCUGCAGCAAGCGUCGCAGAUGUUGGUUCAGGCACUGGCAAUACGUGAGAAAUACAUGAAUAAUUCCAAACAGAGCUUCCCUUCUAUAACAUCGCGAUUUCUACGCAGCGUCGAUAAGAGGCCAGUGAACAGCGACGACGAAAUUCAGCACGAUGAUCGUAAAGCCAUUGCAGAUCAUCCUGUGCACGCACCUGCAUCUCGAGGAGAUCCGUGGCAAUGUGAAUUUCCUAUGGCAAAGAAUUACAUAAUUGCUCCCGUUAACGGUGUCUUCAAUUUGUACGCUAAUGAGGAAGAUUUAGCUAAUGGGAAGCCAGUCCCUUACUCGUAUCCUGACUUAGCCACUUUUGUCAGGGACAUGAACCUUCUUUGUACGAUGAUCGCCGAUGGUCCAUUAAAAUCUUUUUGCUACAGAAGACUGAGUUAUCUUUCGUCAAAGUUCCAACUGCAUGUGUUACUGAACGAGCUUAGAGAACUUGCCAGUCAAAAAGCAGUCCCUCAUAGGGACUUCUACAACAUCAGAAAGGUUGAUACCCAUAUUCAUGCAGCAUCUUGCAUGAAUCAAAAGCAUCUGCUCAGAUUUAUUAAGAAAACCUUGAAGAAUCACGCAGAUGAAAUCGUCACGUACUCCAAGAACAAAGAAACAAUGACUUUACGGGAGGUAUUUCAAUCGAUGAAUCUGACGACUUACGAUCUCAGUGUUGAUAUGUUGGAUGUGCAUGCGGAUAGAAACACGUUCCAUAGGUUCGACAAAUUCAACGCCAAAUACAAUCCAAUCGGUGAAAGUCGCCUGCGUGAAGUGUUUCUAAAAACGGAUAACUAUUUGAAUGGUAAAUUUUUUGCAAGAAUAAUCAAGGAAGUCGCUAGCGAUCUCGAAGAAUCCAAGUACCAAAAUGCGGAACUACGUCUUUCGAUUUACGGCAAAAGCCCAGAAGAGUGGGAUAAAUUAGCAAAAUGGGCAAUUCAAAGCGACGUAUAUUCGGACAAUGUGCGCUGGCUCAUUCAGAUUCCUCGGCUUUAUGACAUUUUUAAAUUGAACAAAUUGCUGACAAAUUUCCAAGAGAUAAUGAACAACAUAUUUCUUCCCCUUUUUGAAGUAACGAAUGACGCUAAUUCUCACCCAGAGCUACAUAAAUUUCUCCAAUACGUAAUAGGAUUUGAUUCAGUUGAUGACGAGAGCAAACCUGAAAAUCCUUUAUUCGAUAAAGAUGUCUGUCCACCUGCGGAAUGGGAUGAUGUUGAAAAUCCUCCUUAUGGAUAUUAUCAAUACUACACUUAUGCCAACAUGACCGUUUUGAAUCAUUUUAGAGCGGAACAAGGUUUAAACACCUUCGUCCUCAGACCUCAUUGUGGCGAAGCUGGUCCCAUUCAACAUCUUGUUUGCGGUUAUAUGAUGGCAGAAAAUAUCUCUCAUGGUCUUUUACUUCGAAAAGUGCCAGUAUUACAAUAUCUAUAUUAUUUAGCACAAAUUGGGAUUGCAAUGUCGCCUCUUAGUAAUAAUUCUCUUUUCUUAAAUUAUCAUCGUAAUCCAUUACCCGAAUAUUUAGCAAGAGGAUUGUGUGUAAGUCUUUCCACGGAUGAUCCCCUUCAAUUUCACUUUACCAAGGAACCGUUGAUGGAAGAGUACAGUAUUGCUGCACAAGUAUGGAAGCUUAGUUCGUGCGAUAUGUGUGAACUAGCGCGUAAUUCCGUGCUUAUGAGUGGUUUUCCACACAAGAGUAAACAAUACUGGCUUGGGCCAAAUUAUACAAAAGAGGGUGUGGCCGGUAAUGAUAUUACGCGAACGAAUGUACCGGAUAUUCGGGUGGCCUAUCGAUACGAAACAUUAGUCGACGAAUUGUCGAAUAUUUUUAAAGUUGUCGAAAAACCCGAAGCCGUUCCAUUUUAAUCCAUAGCGAUAGUACAAAAGAUCCUUGAACUAAUAUAACAAUUAUUCUACAAUCACAAAAUAGUAUUUAUAAAAUUCGACGAAACUGCGACGAGAAUUAUUUAUAAAAUGAAUCUUGUAACGUAAAUAAUUAUGUGAUGUAUGCUAAUAAUUGUUGUCAACUUUUAAUGAUACUUCUGCAAAAAGUUUCUUUUGUUGGUUAUCAAUUGGAUAUCACUCGAUAAUGUAUAUUACAAUAAUGUUAAUUGCAUGAUUUAUACGUGAUAAUUUUCCCUUUAAGAUGUUUUGAUAGAGAAAACAAGGUUAUUCUUAAGAGUAAAUGUAUAAACACUAAGUUAUAAGAAAACGUCUUUCACUCAGGUUCCAAAAUUUUAAUGUAAAACAGGGAGAAAUUAAUCUCAAAUUUUUCAUAUACGUUGACCAAUUUAAAAAUAGUUAGAUAUUAGAUGAAAUUCCAAUUUCAAGUGUUACUAAUCUUUAUUACAUAUAUGUAUGUGAAUUAAAUUAGAAUUGAGUAUCGUAUUAACUUUGUGUAAAAAAAUGUAAAAUAUUACAAAGCAGCAAUUCAUUUCUCAUAUUUUAGUCAUAUAAAGGUAUGUCAGUUCAGUUUUUUCAAUUUUAACGUUAUUUACUUACCUUUUUGUACAUUUAUACAGAAAUUGUGUAUUUGUUUUUAAAAAAUAUAUUUAACUCGAAUGUGGAUAGUUUAUUUCUGAAGUAAUAUUUCUCUGUAUAAUAUUUAUAUAUUUUUCAUCUUUAUUAAUAUUAAAUUGAAGGCACUAAAUGUAGUACCUCUUGUAAAAUAAUUAGAUUUAUAGCAAACAUAAAAUUUAUUUUCAGAUCAUUAUUAUGUAAUCAUUUGCUCCUUCGUUUUUGAGACAACUUUGUGAUGAACGAGCUUUUACUGGCAAAUAUAUGAUGAUAUAUCAACAUUCGUAACGAAUCCUAAUAUUGAAUAUAAAUUGUUGCUAAAUAGAAAUGGUGUAUGUAUUGUAUAAGGUAUAUCUUAUAAAACAAAAAUAUACUUGUACCAUCAAAAUAA